AUGCUGUCUACCAAGUCACUUCUCGCGGCCGUCUUGGCCCUUCCAGCCGCCGUUCUGGCCGCGGACGGCCCCAUGGUCCCUGACUACGAGAUCCACCUGCAGCUGGAUCCGACGGUGGUGCUGGACUCCAACUUCCGCCUGGUGUCGGCCGUGAUUGACGAGUUUGCGAUGCCGACGACGGUCACCAAGAAGAACGUGCAGUACAUUGACACGCUCGACAAGGCGCUGGAUGCACAAGGGUGGAGCUGCCGCAUCCGCAACGUGGAGGACAAGAGCGGCUUCGACCUGACGUACAAGUGGCGCCUGCCGAUCCAGAACGGCGACAUCACGGGGGCGCUCAACACGGCGUUUGCCGACGGCUGGAACUCGGGCCAGGGCAACUACGCGGCGCAGGUGGACUGGUACCUGGACAGCCAGGAGCUGUCGGUGUCGCGCGACUACACGGCGUCGUCGAGCGGGUACAGCGGCACGACCGACCCGACGGAGGCGGACUCGCGCCAGCUGCUGAUUGCCAACGCGCCCAAGAUGUUUGACAACUGGGUCACAAACGGCUGGGGCACGGACGAGCUGGCGAGCGGCGCCAUCUACGGGCCGGUGCUGACCAAGGCGAGCGCGGGCACGUGGGACGGCCGGGAGCUGGACAUUGAGAUCUGGCCGAUUGAAAACAGCGCGGGCACGGGCAUCGCCUAUCUGGUGGAGGCGUCGUUCAAGACGGACGACUACGACACGGCGCUGAGCGGGCAGGCGGGGCUGAUUGCGCUGCUGAAGAGCAAGGGCUGGUUCCUGGACACCAGCAACUCCAAGGAGGCCCUCGUGCUGGCCAACUACCACCCUACGUCGUAG